AUGGCCACCGUGAGUGCCCUCCUCCCCGGCGCCCGCGCGCUGGUGGUUCCUCUCCGGCUUCCCUGCGCUGCAACCCUUCGCCUGCGGGCCAGCUCUGAGUACAUCAUUACAGAAAAAAGGGAGAGAAAUAGUGUGGGACUCACGGUGAACCGCCCCUAGGCGCUCAUCGACGGGCUCAACCAGGCCCCGGAGGCCUGUGAGGAGGAUCCAGACUUGGGCGCAAUUGCGCUCACUGGCGGGGAUAAGGCAUUUGCUGCUGGAGCGGAUAUCAAGGAAAUGCAGAAUCAGCCAUUCCAGUUCUGUUACUCCAGUAAGUUCCGGAGCCACUGGGACCACCUCACCCGUGGGAAGAAGCCGGUCAUCGCGGCUGUCAAUGGUUUUGCUCUUGGUGGAGGCUGUGAGUUUGCAGUGAUGUGUGACAUCAUCUACCCUGGUGAGAAAGCCCAGUUUGGACAACCAGCAGUCCUGCUGGGAACCAUCCCAGGUGCUGGAGGCACCCAGAGACUCACCCGUGCAGUUGGAAAGUCCCUGGCAAUGGAGAUGGUCCUGACUGGUUAUCAGAUCUCAGCCCAGGAUGCAAAGCAAGCAGUGGUAAGCCAGGUUUUUCCUGUUGAAACACUAGUUGAAGAGGCCAUCCAGUGUGCAGAAAAAAUUGCCAGCAAUGCCAAAAUUAAAUCAGCUAUAGCCAAAGAAUCUGUGAAUGCAGCUUUUGAAAUGGCGCUAACAGAGGGAAACAAGUUGGAGAAGAAACUCUUCUAUUCAACCUUUGCUUCUGAUGAUGGGCAAGAAGGCAUGGCUGCAUUUGUGGAGAAGAGGAAGGCCAACUUCAGAGACCACUGAGAACCAGAAAGUGCAGCCUGCCUAUUUAGAAGCAAACAAAUCAUCCCCCUAAAGGGCAGUGUGGCCACCUGUAGCCUCCCAGCAAUGGUGUAGGGCUUUGGCCUCUGCUCAAGCCCUUGUGUAGCCGGCUGCUUUGAUGCCCAAGGGAAGAUUGAUCAUGUUGGGUCUGAUCAGAAUAUUUUCUUGCAAAUCAAA